UUUCUUCGGGACAAGUCAUCGUUUUUAGAUCUGGAAGAAAACAUGUCCGUGAACUAGUUUCAGUUCCAAGAUGUCGGGAGCCACAGAAUUUAACAAGUUACAAACUUUGAUCCGGCGACUACGCAGUUACAAACCCAAUGUUCUUUCCUCCCAGGAAAAUUUUCCCGGAAAAUCAUCGGCUGUUUUGGUCUGUCUUUACCUAGGAGACGAUGGCGAACUACAUGUAAUCCUUACCAAACGGUCUUCUAACCUCUCUUCCCAUUCCGAUGCAGGUGAAGUUGCGUUGCCCGGAGGGAAAAGAGAUGAAGGAGAUUCAGACGAUGUGGCCACCGCCUUGAGAGAAGCUCACGAAGAGAUUGGCUUGGACCCUUCUCUUGUCACCGUUGCUUCAGUUCUUGAGCCAUUCAUUACCAAGCAGAGAGGAAUGUCGGUUGCACCAGUCAUCGGAUUUCUUACCGAAAAGGAAGCAUUCAAACCGGAUCCAAAUACAGCUGAAGUAGAAGAGAUCUUCGAUGCUCCAUUGGAGAUGUUCCUCAAGAACGAGAACAGACGGGCAGAGGAACGAGAGCACGAAGGACAGAGAUAUCUUCUGCAUUACUUUGAUUAUAAACCAGAGGAUAAGCAGAAGAACUUCACCAUUUGGGCACUCACAGCCGGUAUUCUGAUACGAGUGGCAUCACUUGUUUAUCAGAGAUCUUCCGAGUUUCUCGAGCUCAAGCCUGAAUUCUGGAAUCAACCCAAGAUUUGAAACAUACUCAAAAUGUAUUAGAU